GUAUUUUGAAUACCCGCAUUUUAUACUAUUCAUGCGGGGGAGAGAAUAAGGAGAAGAGGCUACAAGUCAAGUUUUACGAUAAACAGACUUGCUUUCCUCGUGAGAGGACCGUUCGUGAGUGAACCCUGCGCAUCGGGUUGUCUCGGGUUUGGUGUUAUUGAGAGCAACGUCAGCGAUGAGGCGCGGGGGGAAGGAGGGAAUGAGUGAAUGAGCCAAGAUAUUCACCCCAGUGCUUUAACAAUUCAAGCUGUUCUGCGGAUACUUUGUGUUUCCAAGAAAACAUCACGUAGUGACCAUUCGCCUCCGAGUCGGGCACUCACCGGUGUUACUGCGAGGCUCGCGGCGGUAUUUGAACAGAAGCAGACUCUGGGGAAGAGACAGCUCUGUCUGCUCAUGAUCAGAUACAGGGGAUGCUGAGCUGCUACUAGUGCACUGGACUCAACGCCACAUCGGGACGUAACUUCCUGCUGUAAUGUCGCAGAGGACAAAUUAUUGCGAUUUGGAAUGAUAUGGAGGAUUUCAGAACAUAAUAUUUUAUGAGAAAUGCUACAGGAGAAGGCCUCAGCUGUGGCUGAUGAAGGUAUGACCGUGGCCCAGUCGGGUGGGCGUCCUGAGCUUGCCGGUGAUUCCUCACAUUUGGGCCUGCCUACAACUCCCAGCAUUCCCCAGAACAAUGAGCCUGACCAGAACAUUGAAAACAUCAAAGUGGUUCUUCACGACAGGGAACUAUGGAAGAAGUUUCACGAGGCCGGAACCGAGAUGAUCAUCACCAAAGCAGGCAGGCGGAUGUUUCCCAGCUACAAAGUCAAAGUCACAGGGAUGAAUCCCAAGACCAAAUACAUCCUUUUAACUGACAUUGUUCCAGCUGAUGACCAUCGGUACAAGUUCUGUGACAACAAGUGGAUGGUUGCAGGCAAAGCAGAGCCUGCCAUGCCUGGAAGACUCUACGUUCACCCAGACUCGCCUGCAACCGGAGCUCACUGGAUGAGACAAUUGGUCUCCUUUCAAAAGCUGAAGCUCACAAACAACCACCUUGAUCCAUUCGGGCAUAUCAUCUUGAACUCGAUGCACAAAUACCAGCCCAGGUUACACAUUGUGAAGGCUGAUGAGAACAAUGCCUUUGGCUCUAAGAACACGGCCUACUGCACUCACGUCUUCCACGAGACAGCUUUCAUCUCUGUGACAUCCUAUCAGAACCAUAAGAUCACCCAGUUAAAAAUCGAGAACAAUCCUUUUGCCAAAGGUUUCCGGGGCAGCGACGAGGGCGAUUUGCGUGUGUCCAGACUUCAAGGGAAAGAUUACCCCGUGAUUUCCAAGAACAUGGUCCGGCAGCGGCUUAUCUCAUCACAUGGCCAUCUAUCAGGAAAGCUGGGUGCAGGUGUGCUGAGUAGCCACCCGCAGGUGGUUUCUCACUAUCAGUAUGACAGUGGCGUCCCUCUACCGAACUCGGAUUCCCAGGAAGCUCUCUCCAACUCCUUCCCAUCUAGCCGGGAAUCCAGCCUUCUUUACCACUGCUUCAAGCACAGAGAUAACACAAGACAUUUGGAGCUGGGAUGCAAACGCCCCUAUCUUGACACAACAGCCUCUGCAGUUUCAGAUGAGCAUUACUUCCGCUCCCCUCCUUCCUACGACCCACCCCUGCUGUCCCAUCCAUACUGCAGCGAAGCAUUGGGCUCUAGAGAGGCGUGCAUGUAUGGAGGAAUGGAGGGAGAGGCAGGGGGCGCAGUGGGUGCCGACGACCUCCCAGCCCCCUCCCUGAACUGCAAUAUGUGGGCGUCAGUGCAGCCGUAUCCUCGCUACGGCAUGCAAACUGUGGAGGCAAUGCCAUACCAGCCCUUUCCUGCUCACUUCAACAGCACAGCCUCUGCUGCCUCUGUGGUUCCCCACAACUCGCCGUCCAUGCAGCGUCCACAUCCAGCACCUCCCGACCUAGUCACGUUUACCACACAGCGGGUGCUGCCACCCACACCAUCUUCAGCGUCCUCAUCCCCCUCCGGCCCUGCCCCCCGUGAUAGAGCACAUUCCUCACUGUUUCAUAGGAAGCCUGGGUCGCCGUUACGUUCACAAAGGGAUUUCACAGGCUAUCCGACCCAUAGCCCUACUUUGACACGAGAACCAGCCUAUCAGUACCAAACGGGCCUCAGCAGUAUUGGGCCGCACUGGACUGACAGUUAAAGAGUGACGCACAACACCAUCUAUAUUUCUCUUCAGCUAAAAGCAACAAACUCUCUCCGAACAACAAUUGCAAUGAGAUUAUUUUUACGUACAGCCAUGAUGCUAACUUGUAAAGCAAAGCCAUAAAUCUAUUUAGCCUAAUAGUAUAGGAUGCCCACAAUUUGUGGCACUGUGUAUUUAUUUGAAUUUGAGCUACAACAAGAGUUAAAGUUCAUGCGCAGGUGGUGAAGCCAAGCACAAAUGAUGGACAUAAUGCACUGUUGUUGGCAUUAAACAGACCAUUCACUCAAAAAUGAAGAAGGACGGUCAAACGGUGACAGAAUUUUCAUUUUGGGUUGAACUGUCUUUUUAAGAUGAACCUUUUCACUGCCGACUUUCUGUAUGAAGCACAAAAUGUGUGUGUGCCAAUUGAAAUUAUGCUACGCUUGGGAGAUUUUGUGAUAAGUCAUUGGAUUAUAUUGAAAAGUUUUGUUGUUAGUUAACCUAAACAGACUUAGUUACUAAGGCUGCCUUUUCCUCUUCAAAUGUUAAAGUGUGCAAAACCUGUGCCAAGCCCAAAGAUUGGUUGAGGUAAUUUUCUGGGUGUUAUUAAGAGAUCCUUAUUAUUUCCUAUUAUUGCAAUAAAGUUUUAAACAAACAAUGUAUUUUUUCAUUUUAUAUAUAUUACAUUUAAAUUGAAUUUGCUAAUGUACUAAUGCUAUGCAAUUGCUAAUAUAUCUUUGUAAUGCAACUCAAGCUAUUCAAUAUUAAAAAAAAACCUGACCCUCUACCAUAAUCAAAUGAUAAAAAUGAUAUCUGUGGCAAAAAAACAAAAACCAAACCAGACUUUCAGCUUAGAUAAUACUAUUGAAAUCUUAACCUUAGUCGUUCUGAAUUAGCUCCUAUGCUUUUCCUCCAUUUUCGCUGGACUGUGUCUGUCCAAUUUCACAAUAUAUGCUAGAAGAGAAGUGUUUGAGUUGUGAGUCUGGCACUAAAUCAUUGUCCAAAUUUGUUCAAUUAGUGCAGUGCGACAUCAGAGAAGUUCCUUGCAUCCAGAUGGAAGCUAAAGAACGAUCAUUAAGUGAAGAACAGAGAACUCAUCUCAACUGGCAGGGUUGGAAAAAUCCUUAAGAGGUCGACAAUGUAAAACAGCCUCUCCAGGCAGGCAGCCACAAGUCAAGCUCAAAGAGGACGGGGUAUCGCUGGUAAGC